CCGCCAAACCCACGGGAUCUCUGCUCUGUAUUGAUACCAAUGUCUUUUUGCCUUAUAAAGGCAUAUACACUUUUACCGCUCAACAUCGCAUCACUCGGCAAAUUCUGCAUCUUCUAUAACUCAGCACUCUUUUCUCACUUUCUCUCUUUUUCUUCGUUUCUCCCCCUUCUGAGGCAACAAUUACGUAUUCCUCUUGGCCAAGGCCAUUAAAUUCAUCAUGACUUCCAUGUUCAUCACCCUCGCAUUACUCUUUUCACUCCUUGUCACAGCAUACGCUCAGAGUAUCAAACCCAGGCCUGCACAGGAAUGUGCAUUUGCACGUGCCGGAUCAAAACUUUAUAUUCAGGGCGGUAGAACCGGUUCCGACAUUAUUAACCAGCACUACGCUCUCGACCUCGCUACAAGCUGGCCUGUUACUUCUCCUCCCUGGACUGAGUUGAAGCCUGGCCACACAACUUAUCUCUUCAAUGCUGUGGCUACACCUGAUAACAAAACACUUAUCAUGUUCGUCCGGGGCGAGAACAGCAGUAUCAUCAUGCCAAAAUAUGAUAUCCAAACCAAUUCUUGGGGCGCCGCUCCCUUGUCACUGACUCCUGACCAGGACUAUCGCUAUGGCAUAAGGCCAGUGAUUGAUCCGAUAAAUUGGCUCGUCUACAUAGCUGCCUUUCAGAACUUGGAUAUCUUUAAUCCAAACACUUCGACCAUAUCGCUCACUCCUAUGCCCGCAGAUAUCUUCAAGUCAAGACUGUUCUCAGGCGCCGUCUACAAUCCACUGAGGAAAUCUAUCAUGUAUUUUGGAGGGAUCAACGCAAGUAUCGUUAUCGAUCCUCUGGCGACGCAAGUUACUGAAUAUUCUAUCGGUACAAAUACCUGGAGAACCUUUCCAACUGUGGGUGAACCACCAGUAGCACGGUCCGACUUUUGUAUGGCCUCAAGUGAAGACGGAAAUACAAUUGUUGUCUAUGGUGGAAGGAUAGCUCCGCCUGCAAAUUAUACAAACACUUUUUACACACUGGAUGUUCCCACUGGUAGAUGGACCCGAGGUCCAGAUGGAGAUGUUAGGCUAUAUAUGGCAUGCAUCAUCAUAGGAGACCAAUUCCUGGCGUGGGGCGGAACCGAUGGCGUCAAGACACUUGAUGGCCCUCCCGUAGUCUUUGACUUGGCCCAACGCAAAUGGGUCAAUACUUACACUGCUCCAGCAUACUAUCGGAAAGAUACCAAUCCUAGCAGUAGCUCGUCCUCUCCAGGUUCUAUCCCCUCAGACGCGCCUCCUCCAGUCACCAAGUCAUCAGGAAGCAAUUUGGGGGCUAUUCUUGGAGGCACGUUCGGAGUUCUUUCCGUAGUUGCACUGUCUGGUCUGGUUUAUUUUUAUCUAAAGCGUAGACAGGGCCAUGUUCGGUACAAUGAAGCUUCGGAGCAGCAAAAUGCAAGUAAUAAUGAAAAGCCAGCAGAGACACACCAAAAACUAGACAAUUCGCAGCCAAGGAAUCCACAAAUACUAGGCCUGAGACAAACAUCUGCGCGCGAUCCUCAGGGUAUUUCAGACUACAGGCUCUCUUCCUCAGUCCCACAGCCAGUAUUCUCGUCUCCCAGUUACGAUCAUCAGCAAUAUACUGUUUCCAGCAAGAACGUCCUGCUGCCGCCUAUUGACUCACAGCUAUCUAACACACCUGUUAUUUAUAUCCCUAAUUCUUCUUAUCCAACUGUUAUUCCUGGAGCAACCGUCACUACGCCUUACACACCAACUCAAACCACCCCGAAUGGCGAUGUUUACCAAGCAUACUCCAUUGCACCAUCUGGACUUUCACAGAAUGUUGGAACGCUCAAUGGUUCUGUCUCAGGAUCACCUCACGACUUCAAUGCCCCUACAUAUAGCUCUGUCACUCCUAUCCCACCACCAGCACCCUAUGUUUCCAAUCAAUCUUAUGUCCCGCAGAAUGUCUUUAACCUGUCUGCCGCCACAUUCACGCCUGGCAUCACAUCGCAUACGGCGACACCGAGCGCAUCUCCUGUGAAUGCCCAAGGCAAUGACAAUACUGAAUCACAGGCACCAUUUCCACCCCCACCUAACUUGUCACCACGACCAGUUAAAAGCAACACAUCGCAUUAUACUCAGUAGCACCUAGGCCCCUCAAUAGCAGAACCGAUAUAAUCAAUGUAUUCAUUCCAUCACCGCAUGGACAGCAAUAACAUAUACGAUCACCCCAUGCAACCGCAGAAUGACGUCCCCAUUUUCAAUAUACUAUCAUCAUUACUACUAUCAUUAUUAUUUCAUUAUUAUUUCGUCUUUUUAGCCAUCACUAUUUACUUCAUACACUUCUUAUAAGCAACUCUACCAUAAUAAACUUCAAG